CGUUUCUCACAGUUUGUUAAGGCAGGCCAAGGUUACUACUGUAGAUUGUGGGUAUGUUAUCAUCUUAACCAGUGGGUUGGGUCAAACUCAAUCUCAUCUGUGAGAAGAGGAGAGAGAAACUAAGACAGUCAAUCAGUCGGGAGAGAGAGAGAGACAGAGAGAGGAUUUGCUUUGGACACACACAAGCGAGUAAAUGAGCGUUUGAUGAGGGGAGCGUCUGCUUUUAAUGGGGUUGCAGAGAAAGAUUUAAAAGACGGGAGAAACAAGUAAAGAGAGAGCUUGAAAGUUGGAGCUCUUAUUAAUGGUGUUUUUCAGAACGAAGGGCUUUCUUCAAGGACUCUGCUGGUGUGAGCCAAAGAUGGUCAAAUCUAGGGUUUCUGGAACUGAGAACGUUUUGACCAAUUCCUAAUUCCGUGCCUUUCAAUGCAUUCUUAAAGCAAAGAAAGUCCUUGGCUUUCCCUCCUUAAGACGGGGUUUUGAUUUUUGAAAGAAAAGCUCUGCUUCUGGAUAAGCUUCAAUGCAUCUUUCACUAUGGAAGCCAAUAUCUCACUGUGCUGCUCUGAUUAUGGACAAGAAGAGCCGAAGAAAAGAUGGGUCGAGCCAUUCAACGGAAGAAAUCAAGAGAAACCCAUCGUUUCUCAGGAAAUUGCAAGAGCACAAGCUCAGGGAGGCUCUUGAGGAAGCAUCCGAAGAUGGGUCACUCGUCAAAUCCCAAUAUAUGGACUCCGAGUCGCCUGCAAGUCCUGAUGACGGGUUGGGGAGAUCACGAUCGCUCGCGAGGCUCCACGCUCAGAAGGAAUUCCUAAGAGCCACUGCUCUUGCCGCUGACCGGAUUUUUGAGUCCGAAGACUCGAUUCCUGAUCUUCAUCAAUCCUUCUCCAAGUUCCUCACAAUGUACCCCAAGUACCAAGCUUCCGAGAAGAUUGAUCAUCUAAGGCUGGAUGAGUAUUCACACUUGUCAGGUUCGGUCCCUAAGGUAUGUCUCGACUACUGUGGAUUUGGGUUGUUUUCUUUUCUUCAGACUGUUCAUUAUUGGGAAUCCUCCACAUUUAGUUUGUCUGAGAUUACUGCCAAUUUGAGCAAUCAUGCUUUGUAUGGAGGUGCUGGAAAAGGCACCGUGGAACAUGAUAUUAAGACUAGGAUAAUGGAUUAUUUAAACAUCCCGGAGAAUGAAUAUGGCCUUGUUUUCACUGUGAGUCGAGGGUCAGCAUUUAAGUUGUUAGCCGAAUCUUACCCUUUUCAUACAAACAAGAAGUUGUUGACUAUGUUCGAUCACGAGAGCCAGUCUGUGAAUUGGAUGGCUCGGGCUGCAAGAGAGAAGGGGGCGAAAGUUUAUAGUGCAUGGUUUAAAUGGCCAACCCUCAAAUUAUGCUCAACAGAUCUUAGAAAGCAGAUUUCAAACAAGAAAAAGAGGAAAAAGGAUUCAGCGGUUGGUCUUUUUGUGUUUCCAGUUCAGUCUAGAGUCACCGGUGCUAAGUAUUCCUACCAGUGGAUGGCACUGGCGCAGCAAAACAAUUGGCAUGUCUGUCUUGAUGCUGGGUCAUUGGGGCCCAAGGACAUGGAUUCUCUUGGAUUGUCCCUGUUCAGACCGGAUUUCAUUAUUACCUCAUUUUACAGGGUAUUUGGGUAUGACCCAACUGGAUUUGGAUGCCUUCUCAUUAAGAAGUCAGUGAUGGGAAGCCUUCAAAGUCAGUCUGGGCAUGCUGGUUCAGGAAUAGUGAAAAUCACCCCUGUUUUCCCUCUGUAUUUGAGUGAUUCCAUUGAUGGUAUACCUGGAUUGGCUGCAAUUGAAGAUGAAGAAGGUGAUGCAAAUGGUGAAUUAUCCUCUGAAACCCACCAAGGAGCCCAGUUGCCUGCCUUUUCUGGUGCAUUCACAUCUGCUCAGGUGAGGGAUGUAUUCGAGACAGAGAUGGAUCCGGAUAACAGCUCUGACAGAGAUGGUGCAAGCACCAUCUUUGAAGAAACUGAGAGUUUUUCCGUAGGGGAGGUGAUGAAGAGUCCAGUUUUCAGUGAAGAUGAGUCAUCUGACAACUCAUUGUGGAUUGAUUUAGGUCAGAGUCCUUUGGGGUCAGACAACAAUGGCCACUUGAACAAACAGAAGGUAGCCUCCCCUUUGCCACCAUUUUGGUUUGCUGGCAAGAAGAACAAGCGGCUUUCUCCAAAACCAUCUUCCAAGAUAUACAAUGGCCCAAUGUAUGACAAAGAGAUGCAUGCAGCUUUUCGUGAGGAACACCAUGUGCUAUCAUUUGAUGCUGCUGUUCUUUCGGUUUCACAGGAUCUGGACCAUCUUAAGGACGUUCCUGAAGAAGAACAAUUAACAGAAACAAAACCCUCGUCACAAAAUGGUGGAAAGGGUUCAGCUUAUCAGCAUGAUCUGGAAAUUCUGGAGGAACCUCAAAGCAGCGGAUACUCGGGGGUGAAUGGCUCCGGCUUCAACAACCCAACUCAUGUCUCGUGGCCUUGCGGUCUCGCAAAUGGCUCAACCUCUGAAAUCUGCCGGGAGCCAAAAGACAGUGCAAUUAGGAGAGAGACAGAAGGGGAGUAUAGGUUGUUGGGAAGGAGGGAGGGGGGUAGAUAUGCUGGUAGUAGGUUUUUUGGUAUAGAAGAGCUUGAACAACCUGGUAGUAAGGGAAUAAGGGUAUCAUUCAGUGUGGAAGAUCACUCUAAAGAACGUGUAGGACAUACUUUAGAGCCUGUGGACCUAUCUGUCACAAGCUUGGAUGAUGAGUACUUCAGCGAUGGAGAAUAUGUUGAUCGGCAGGAAUCUGACAGAAGGGAACCUGAGUUGGUGUGCAGGUAUAUUGAUCAUGUAAAUAUGUUGGGUCUCAACAAAACCACUCUUAGGCUGCGGUUCUUGAUCAACUGGCUUGUGACCUCAUUGCUGCAAUUAAGGAUAUCUGCUUCGGAUGGACACAAACCCGCACCACUUGUUCACAUUUAUGGCCCAAAGAUCAAAUAUGAGAGGGGUGCUUCUGUCGCCUUCAAUGUUAGAGACAGAAACCGGGGACUAAUCAAUCCAGAACUUGUUCAGAAGCUGGCUGAGACAAAUGGCAUCUCUCUUGGAAUUGGUAUCCUUAGUCACAUACGCAUUGUAGAUAACCCAAAACAGCAACGUGGUUCUUUCAAUCUUGAAGAUACUGCCUUGUGCAAGCCAAUGGAAAAUGACCGGCAUGAUGGGAAAACUGGUUUUGUCCGAGUUGAGGUUGUAACAGCUUCUCUUGGCUUUCUGACUAAUUUCGACGAUGUCUACAAGUUGUGGGCAUUUGUAGCAAAGUUUCUUAAUCCAACUUUUAUUAAAGAGGGUAAACUUCAAGCUCCUGCUCUAGGUUCAGAGACACAGGACUAGGAAAAAAAAAUGGCUGUGCUUAGUUCUACUUGGGAGAAAAGAUGGAUCUUUGCAGGAAAAUUGUAGUGGGGAUAGAUCUUGGAGUUGAAAUGGAAUAUUAGAUACAUAGAAAAAGAAGUGCUAUUUUGAUAAUGCAGUAGUCUUUUGGUCUUUCCUGGAGACUUCCCUGGAAAUGGGUGAAUUUAUUCCUGGGUGUUUUUCUGUGCUUGGAUUUGUUUCUUUCACCUUCUGGGAUUCUUGUAGAAUUAUUCAGAUGGUUUUAGGAAAUUGUAUCCGUUAGGAAGCCAUGAACUCGUACUAGAGUUGAAUGGCGCACAACUGUUGUCUCAUUUUGAAAUCCGGUAAAUGCUCUUCAGGCCAAUUUGUAUUGCUUGUAUGAAAUAUUCUGCCAAUUUUACGGGGUUUUGGGUAUAUUGUAAAAUUGAGUGAGAUGUGCACUAGAAUCAUAUUGUUGCGGAAUUCUUCUGAAGUCUCAAUUGUUGACAAUCACCACCUUUUAUAUAUAUAUAUAUGUAUGUAUA